GUCAGGUCCACCAUAUCACCUGAGGAGAUUAUCACCAGCCAGAGGGAGACGUUAACACCUCCAGUCAGGAUGAGUUCCCUGACCUCUGACCCUAACCAGACAGACGUCAACACCAUCAUCCGACCCCCUUACUUCUUCAUCAGUGGUUUCAUAGCCAUCCCCGAGAUGAAAUACUACUACAUCUUCCUCUGUUUUGUUUACAUCAUCUCUCUGGUGGGCAACACCUUCGUCAUGACUGGCAUCUACGUGGACCGCAGUCUCCACAGCCCCAAGUACAUCGCUGUGUUCAACCUGGCCUUCACAGACGUGUGUGAAAGCACGGCCCUGGUCCCAAAGCUGCUGGACAUGUUUCUGUUCAGCAGACAGCUCAUCUCCUACGACCAGUGUCUCACGAGCCUCUUCUUCGUCUUCCUCUUCAUCACCAUGCAGUCCUUCAACCUCACCAUCCUGUCCUAUGACAGACUGGUGGCCAUCUGCUACCCGCUCAGGUACCACAUGAUGAUCACUCACAGGUCCAUGCUCCAGCUGACGGGGGCCGCCUGGGCGUUUGCUGUGUUGAUGGUGUUGAUCUCUGUGUGUCUCAUCACCCGGCUCUCUUUCUGUAGGUCUCUGGUGAUCAACAGCUACUUCUGUGACCACGGUCCCCUGUUCCGUCUGGCGGCCCCCUGUUCUAAUGUGGUCCCUAACAUAGCGAUGAGCGAAAUCAACCCCUGUAUGGUUCUCUAUCUCCCAAUGAUCUUCAUCAUAUCAUCAUACAUCUGUAUAACACACGCCCUGUUCACCAUCACACUGCCCCAGGACAGACUCAGAGCCAUUAAGACAUGUACCUCACACCUAAUACUGGUGGCCAUAUUCUACCUGCCCAUUAUUUUCACGUACUCUCUCUACACCAUCAUACCAACCAACGCCCGGAUCAUCAACCUCUCCCUGACCUCGAUACUGCCACCAAUGCUCAAUCCCAUCGUAUACGUUCUGAAGACGGAGGAGUUUAAGGUAUCGGUCAAGAAGAUGCUCAGAAGAGGGGCCCAAAGAGCUGUGACGCAGGUCAAACCAACAUGAAGUUCUUGAAUUAUUUCUCUUAAAAAUCAUAUAUUUCCAGUGCCUUCUGAAAGUAUUCACACCUAACAGCCAUUUUCAAGUCUUGGCAUAGAUUUUCAUGGCGAUUUAAGUCAAAACUGUAACUAAGCCACUCAGGAACAUUCACUGUCACCAUGGUAAGCAAUGCCAGUGUAUAUUUGAUCUUAUGUUUUGGGUUAUUGUCUUGCUGAACGGUGAAUUUGUCUUCCAGUGUCUUUUGGAAAGCAGACUGAACCAGCUUUUCCUCUCGCAUUUAGCCGGUGCUUAGUUUCUUUUUAUCCUAAAAAACUCUAGUCCUUGCCGAUGACAAGCAUACCUAUAACAUGUUGCAGCCACCACCAUGCUUGGAAAUAUGUGGUACUUAGUGAUCUGUUGAGGUGGAUUUACCCCAACCAUAACACUUUGUAUUCAGGACAUAAAGUUAAUUUCUUAGCCAUUUCUUUUUACAGUUUUACUUUAGUGCCUUAUUGAAAACAGGACUGUCUUGGAAUAUCUUUAUUCUGCACAGGUUUCCUUCUUUUCAGGCUGUAAUUUAGGUUAGUAUUGUGGAGUAACUACAAAGGUGUUGAUCCAUCCUCAGU